GGUUCAAGUUCUACUUCAUCACGUCUAAAUUUCUCUCACUUUCUCUCUUUCUUUCUUUCUUCACUUUCUUUCACUCUCUAGAACCAGCUAGAGCAAAUAAACAUGUCCAUUCAAGCCCUCUCUCUCUCUUCUCUCUUGGGUUUCUUUCUAACAAUCACAAUUCUCACUUACCCAUCAUCUUCAGCCACAGACUCCUUCCUAUACGGUGGUUGUGCUCAGCCAAAAUACAACUCGGGCACACCAUACGAGUCCAACGUCAACUCGCUACUCAGCUCCCUGGUCAACUCGGCCUCCUUUGCCACCUACAACAACUUCAAGGUCUCUGUCCCCGGCUCCGGUCCAAACGACACCGUUUACGGCCUCUUCCAAUGCCGCGGCGACCUCCAGAACUCGGACUGCCGGGACUGUGUCUCCCACGCGGUGAGUCAACUCGGCAUACUCUGUGUCAACUCGGCGGGUGGGGCGUUGCAACUAGAGGGUUGCUUCGUGAAGUACGAUAACACGUCCUUUUUAGGGGUGGAGGACAAGAGUGUGGUGAUGAAGAAAUGUGGGCCGUCGAUGGGGUAUGACUCUGAUGCGUUGACCCGUCGUGAUGGGCUGAUGGAUUAUCUAGCGUCUGGGGGGCAGUACUAUCGUGUUGGUGGGUCUGGGAAGGUACAGGGUGUGGCGCAGUGCGUACAGGAUUUGAGUCCGAGCGAGUGCCAGGAUUGUCUGUCGGAGGCGAUCGGACGGUUGAAAAGCGACUGUGGGUCUGCGGCUUGGGGUGAUAUGUUCUUGGGAAAGUGCUACGCGCGCUACUCGGAGCGUGGAGGCUACUCAAAUAACGGUUCAAAUAACGGGUCGAAUGAUGAAGUUGAGAAGACACUUGCAAUUCUGAUUGGGCUUAUAGCUGGUGUGGCAGUGCUCGUUGUUUUCUUGUCAUUCUUAAGCAAACUAGCUGAAGAUAGAGGAGGGAAAUAAAUUACAACUUCUUGAUACGUCAAGAUUCUCUCUCUCUCUCUCUCUCUCUCUCUCUCUCUUAAAUUGGCUUUGCUUUGGGUUUCUUUUGCUUUUCUUUCAUGGUCCCUACUUUUGUACCAUUGUCUUUGUGAAGGUUCCUUCAUAUUUUCCCUUAAAGAAGACCUGAAAAGGAAGGAUAGGGAUGUGUAUUAUAGGUUCCUGGAAGCAUGCAAGGGUAAAGAAACUUGAAAUAACAAGUGUUGAACAAGUCCGUCUUCUCACACCCACUUGACAUAUGCUAAUUAUUUGUAUAAAAUGUCAAUGCUUUUGUAAAAGUGAUAUUGUGCUGCUACAAAUAGGUGUGUCUUUUUUGGUUACCUUUUGUAAUUGUAGACUUUUCAUUGUUAAACCUUGAUUUCAUCUAAAAGCUAGAAGUUGCAAAACAUACUUGUGCUUCUUGUAUUCAAUUUCAAAUUAAUGCAACUUUUUGCUUCA